AGUUCAUUAACAUUGGAUUGUGACACUCUUGAAAACAAGAGAUCACACAAGAUGAAUUUCUUACACAGUUGCACGUUGGUUUAGAAAAACCAAACAUUUCAUGCAACCUUUCAAAAAGAAAACAGGACCCUCAAGGUAUACCUGCUCCCAAUUAUAGAAUUCUUUUGCUUAACCAAUUAAAUUCACAGAGGGGUCAAUAAUAUGUUUAUCGGGAACAGGGAGAUUAAAGAACCAAAGUUUUCUUUUAUAAGUAGUUACGUGAAAGGAUCAAAUUACUCAUGGAGAAAACCAAGUUCACCCUUUUAUUUCUUGUUACUUGUUGCCAUUUUCUGUCCUUGUUUCCUACAGCUUUGGAAGCAGAGGAUGAAAUAACUCCUCCACAGACCAUCAGUGGCAACCAGACACUAGUCUCACCUUCUCAAAAUUUUGAACUGGGUUUCUUCAGUCCUGGCAAUUCCACUCACAUUUAUCUUGGAAUAUGGUACAAGCGUAUCCCAAACCAGACAGUUAUUUGGAUUGCAAAUAGAGACAAACCACUAGUUAACUCUGGUGGCUCCUUGGCAUUCAGUGAUGAUGGCAAGCUCGUUCUUCUAAGCCACACAGGAAGUGUUGCAUGGUCCUCAAACUCAUCAGGACCUGCAAAAAAUCCAGUGGCCCAGCUACUAGAUUCCGGAAACUUGGUGUUGAAAGACUAUGGAAAUGAGAGAUUUUUGUGGGAGAGUUUUGAUUACCCAUCUGACACAUUGAUACCAGGAAUGAAACUUGGUUGGAACUUCAAAACUGGCUUGAAUCGACACUUGACUUCCUGGAAAACCACUUCUGAUCCUUCUUCGGGAGAAUACACCUACAGUGUGGAUCCACGUGGCCUUCCUCAGCUUUUCCUUCACAAGGGAAACAAGCAGAUCUUCAGAAGUGGACCAUGGUAUGGACAACAGUUCAAAGGUGACCCGGUUCUCAGUGCAAAUCCUGUUUUCAAACCCAUAUUUGUGUUUGAUUCUGAUGAAGUCUCUUACUCCUAUGAGACCAAAGACACCAUCAUCUCAAGAUUUGUGCUGAGUCAGUCUGGUUUGAUUCAGCAUUUUUCAUGGAAUGAUCAUCAUUCAAGUUGGUUUUCUGAAUUUUCAGUUCAAGGGGACCGUUGUGAUGAUUAUGGGCUUUGUGGUGCUUACGGUUCUUGUUACAUCAAUAGCUCCCCUGUUUGCAAGUGUUUGAAGGGUUUUGAACCUAAGCUUCCGCAGGAGUGGGAAAGGUCUGAGUGGUCAGAUGGAUGUGUUAGAAAAAACACACAGGUUUGCAGCAAUGGAGAUGCAUUUCAGCAGUUUACAGGAAUGAAGCUUCCAGAUGCAGCCGAGUUUCGUACAAACUACAGCAUCAGCAUUGAUCACUGUGAGAAAGAAUGCUCUAAGAGCUGCUCUUGUGUUGCUUAUGCAAAACUAGAUAUAAAUGCAAGUGGCAAAGGUUGUAUUGCAUGGUUUGGGGAUUUGUUGGAUAUAAGAGAGGUUUCUGUGAAUGGACAAGAUUUCUACCUGAGGGUUGCAGCUUCAGAAGUGGGUAAGAACAUGGAAGGUUCAAAUGCUGAUGGAAGUAAAAGGAAGAAAAUCAUACUGUUUCCUGUGGCUGCAUCUGUAACUUCAACAAUUAUUGUAUCAACAUUGUGGUUGAUAAUUAAGAAAUGCAGAAGAAAUGGAGCCAAACAGACCGGUACUCAGUUUAGUGUUGGCAGAGUCAGGAGUGAAAGGAAUGAGUUUGAACUUCCAAUGUUUGAGAUUGCCAUGAUUGAAGCCGCCACCAGGAAUUUCUCUAGUUGCAACAAGAUUGGAGAAGGUGGAUUUGGUCCUGUAUACAAAGGUCAACUUCCAUCAGGACAGGAAGUAGCUGUGAAAAGGCUGUCAGAGAAUUCUGGACAAGGCCUGCAGGAGUUCAAGAAUGAGGUCAUUUUGAUCUCCCAACUUCAGCAUCGAAAUCUUGUCAAGCUUCUGGGUUGUUGCAUUGACGGUGAAGAUAAAAUAUUGAUCUAUGAAUACAUGCCAAACAGAAGCUUGGACUCCUUAUUAUUUGAUGAAACCAAGCGUUCCGUGCUCAGUUGGAAAAAGAGGCUAGACAUAAUUAUUGGCAUUGCUCGUGGAAUUCUCUACCUUCACAGAGAUUCAAGACUGAGAAUAGUCCAUAGAGACCUGAAAGCAAGCAAUGUUCUUUUAGAUGGUGAAAUGAAUCCAAAAAUUUCUGACUUUGGAAUGGCAAGAAUGUUUGGUGGAGAUCAAACUGAAGCAAAGACCAAGAGAGUAGUGGGAACCUAUGGAUGUAUGGCCCCGGAGUAUGCAAUAGAUGGACACUUCUCUUUCAAAUCGGAUGUUUAUAGCUUCGGGGUUUUACUCUUGGAACUGUUGAGCGGCAAGAAAAACAAAGGAUUUUUUCACCCAGAUCACAAACUGAAUCUCCUAGGCCAUGCAUGGAAGGUAUGGAAUGAAGAGAGGGCGUUGGAGCUGAUGGAUCCAUUGCUUGAGGGUGAGUUUCCGACAUGUGAAGCUCUUAGGUGUAUUAAAGUGGGUCUGUCAUGUGUCCAACAGCUUCCAGAAGACAGGCCAACAAUGUCAUCAGUGGUUUUGAUGUUGGACAGUGAGAAUGUGUUGAUCCCCCAACCGGGAAGGCCAGGAAUAUAUUCGGAGAGGUUUUUCUCUGAGACAAAUUCAUCAUCACACGGUGGACUCAACUCUGCUUCCAACGACCCAACUGUUACUUCGCUUGAGGCUCGUUGAUUCCUUAGGAACAACCCUUUGCAAGUUAAAUAUGCAUCAUAUUUUCUUUCUCAUUCAAAAUUGAGCAGAUAACGGGAAUCAUCAUGGUUAGACUUGUUUUUGUUAGAGCCUCUCUCAUCACAGUUACUAUUAUUUCUUCUUCUGACUAAGCUUAUGAUCACUCAAGUCCGGAAAUUUGUUGGGCAAUUUGGCUGUUUUCUAAGAAUAUCUUAGUUAUUAAAAAAAGUUAAUUUUUAUAUUGGUAAAGAUU